AUGCCGACCGGCGUCGUCGCCAGCGGCCUGCCCGCCGGCUGGGAGUGGGACUACGACGGCACGCGCUGGUUCUACACCUUCACGGCUAACGGCCACGUCCAGUACCACUUCCCCUCCGAGGGCGAUGAGUUCCCCGACUUUGUCGGCGUGACCGAGCCCGCGCCGCGGCUGGAGCCCGAAGGCCGCCUGGAGUCGCACCAGCAGGUGCGCCGCGUGACGGGCGCCGCCGCCGCCCCGCCGAAGAAGAAGAAAAAGCACGAGAAUGGGAUGACGGCGACGGCGCCGCGGCCGGUGGGCAUCGAGUGGGACGGCGACGUCGGCGGGAGUAGCAGCGAAGAGGAACAGGAAGGGAGCGGUGGAGGGCGGACGGUGUUUGAACCGGAGAAUCUCAUGUUCUUGGGACCGCAGGUGUAUGCGGAUGUGAGCCCGCUGAAUGAGGAGGAGGAGGAGGCAGCGAAGAGGACGGUGGUCGGGGCGGUGGUGGGAGGGGUGAGCCCGGCGGAGACGACGAGCGCGGGGACGCCGGCGACGAAGCGCGCGGAGCCGGCGACGGGAGAUGGAGAGGCGGCAGCGCCGGUUAUCGUGGCCGAGAUUGUCGAGGUGCAGGUGGUUUCGACGCCUCCGCCGGCAAAGGAAGAGCCGAUGACGGCCCGAGGAGAGGAGGCAACACUGGCGGAGGGGAGGGCAGACAAGACCGAGCGACCGGCAGCGCACGCACACGCGGCGGUGCCGCGAGAACCGGCCCCGCGGCAUGAUACUAUAGUUGCCGCACCAGAGCCCGCCCCGUCACCACCACCAGCGCAGCAGAAUGCUCCGGCGAGGGUCGCAUCUGUCGCCGAAGUCACGGCGGCGCAGCCUCUACAACAUCGACAUCAUGGAGCGACCCCAUCACCACCUCCACCGCCUCCUCAGGCUCCAACUCCGGCUACCGCCGCCUCCGAGCCUGCCAUCCAACCGCGAUACGAGCUGCCCGCGCCCGAGCGGCCUUUCAACCCCGUCGGCAUCGUCGCCGAGAUGCCGACCGAGGACACGCCGCGUUCCCACAUCGAGCUGAACCCGAUCCCCGUCGAGAUCAUGGACGCAUCAGUGCUGGCGCCCAUCGAGACGGCAGCGGCCGCCGCCGCAGGCACGCCGCCGCCCUCGGGUGUCGCAGAGCUCCCGGGCCAAAGCAACAGCAGCAACGGCGUAGCCGCGGUGGUGAGGCAGACACCGCCGCCGCCACAGCAGCCGCGAAACGUGCCGGUGAUGAUGCGCAUGAAGAUUAAGCGCAAGCCGACGGACCCAAACGCAGCGAUCCCGUCGCCCCUGUCGGCGUCGUCGUCGUCGUCGUCGCACUCGCCGGCGGCUGCCGCGGCGGCCGUGUCGCCUCCGUCGGUCGCGUCGGCGCCCACGUCGCCUCCUCCUCUGGCAGCAGCACAGACCCCGCCGCAGUAUAAGCCGUACGCGCCGGUGUCGCCGCUACAGCGCGCGGACACGGAGCCUGUCAGGGCCCCGGCUGUGGCGAUGCAGCAGCGGCGGCAGAGCAGCCUGACGACGGCGCCGCCGCCGCCGCCGGUGGUGAACCCGCACCUGAGUUAUGCGCCGACGGUGCUGCGCCCCGCGGGGCGCAAGUCGACGAGCGUAUCGCCGGAGCGUAGGCAGGGAGAAGCGGGCAAUCAGGCACCAGGACUGGUUCAGAAUGGGAUGCCGGAAAAAGCAGCGCCGCAGAACGUGUACCCCGGGCAGGUGCCACCGCCAGGACAAGGACCGCUUCCCGGUCCAUUGCCGCCACAUGGUCAGCCAGGCCCGAUGCCGGCGCAAGGGCAUAUGCAGCCUCCGGGUCUGCAGGACCAAGCACGAGCGCCAGGACCGUUACCAACGCAUGCUCAACCGCCACAAAGCCAGCUGCCUCAACCGGGGCAAGGACCACCGCAAGGACUGGUGAGCGCGCAAGGACAAGUUAUGCAGAAUGGCCAGUGUCCUCCCCUGCAACAUGGCCGCCCCAUGAGCAUGAUGCCUGCAGCACCCGGCAAGUAUCCUCCUGUCCCGAUUCCACAGCCCUACGGCCAGUACCAGCGGCCAUCGCCCCAGAUUAGCCAACAGACUACGCCCCCAUGGGUGAUGCCCGGCCAGCAGGCUCCCGGCCAGCAGACCCCCGGCCAGAACUUCGCAACACCUCUACAUCAGCAACAGACUCCGCCGUCGGGCUGGAGGCAGUCGAUGCCUCUGGGAUACCCUCAGCCGCCACCGAACGGGAGGCACUCCAUGAUGGGCCCAAUCGUCCCACGGAAGAUCCCUCUUGAUAGCCAGUCUCAGCCACCGCCUCCGCCAAACCAGCAGCCCGCGGGCCAGGGCCCGAAUUCCUCGUCGACGACCGAUUCACCAGUCGUGUCUCCGCUCCGCUCUAGAGCGGGCAGCCAGCCGUCAGGUCUAUCGCUGCCGUCGCCUUCUCCGAUGGAAACGCCACAGCCACAAUCCGCCGCGUCGUCUCAAAUACCGGAGCAGCUCAAACUGGGCAGCGUCAAGAUUGGCACGGGCGCAAGCGGCGGCUCUACCGCGGGCCAGCGACGGUCGACCACUGGCUCGUACUUCCCGCCGAGCAAGGAUCAUCCGGUAGGUCUUGUGGGUUCCAUAGCCGACCAGUUCGCGGCGGAAAUGCGGACCCUUUUGGGAUCUGAAGCGCAGUCGUCUAGCCCGGCGCCAGCUGUGACUGCUAUUACGGUAAACCCGGAACCUAAAUCGUUGGCCAGCAGGUCGACUCUGAGCUCAGGGAAUGUGCUCAACCGCAUCGCAGAACAUGAAGUGGUGUCGACGCCUGCGCCUGGAAGCGCGAACACGACGUUGGUUCAGCCCUCACCGCCACAGCUGGCAGCACCCCCGAUGCAGAUUUCUCCCAAGAACAUGCCGAAGCCUCCUCAAGGACCCCGUCCACCCUCGAGCGAGUUGCCUGGGGGCCCUGUACAGAACGCUCCGGCACGCAUUCCAUCAGCAGGCCAGGCGGUGCCUCCCACUCCAUUGGGACCCCAGAUUUCGAUGCCGCGGCCGGGUGCACCACAGCAGCAAUGGCAAGGCAACCCGCAGCAGCCAAUGCAACGGCCUCCGUCUGUUCCGCCGCAAAUGCAGAUGCAGCCGAACAGGAACAAGGAAAACAGAUGGACAAAGUGGUUCAGGAGCUCCAAGCCGGAGAAUAGAUCUGACGCUUCUCAGGCAGGGAUGCCACAGCAGCCGCCUCCUCAGCAACCACAGCAGUGGCAGCCUGGGCCGCCAAUGCCAGGUCAUCCCGUUCAACGGAUGUCAAUGCAAGGACCGCCAAUACAAGGAUCGAUGCCAGGGUAUCCGAUCCAGGGACAGCCUGUUCAACGACAGUCUGUCCACGGGCAGCCUUUGCAAGGGCAACCCAUUCAAAGACUCCCCGUCGGGGGGCCUCAACCACCCCAAACCACUCCGAUGAAGACAUAUUCGCCAUAUUGGAUGCAUCCAGGUGCGGCCCAAGGUCCAAUUCCGCAGACGGUGGCUCAACAAGGCCCUCUGGGAUCACAUCCACCCCAGCAAUACUUGCCGGUCCAGUCAGGCCAGCCUAUGCAGACGAGGCCGCCUUACGGCGCCCCGAUGCACCAGAUGCACCCCGCGGGUGCACCGGCAUCUCCCGCACCAUCCCAAACAGCACCAUCGCAACUCUCGAAUAGCCCAUCUCAAGUCAGCAUUUCCUCCCUACCGCCAACUGGACCUCCACAGCCUCACCCGCAGAUAGCAUCACCGAUGCAAAGCAACCUGGUGCCAGCACCACUCUCCCUAAGGCCAAGAUCGGGAGUGCCAGCUGGAGUGCCAGCCAAUGGACAACAAAGCUAG